UGGGGCGACAGCAGCGGAGCCGUGGCCGGAGGAGGCAGCGGCAGCGCAGAGGGGCUGUGGUGAAAGGGCGCUCCCCCAACCUGCCGGGAGGAGGCAGCGGGAGGGGCGGAGCAGCUCCCACCGCGUCCCCCGCCGCCGGCGGAGGAAAGCAGCCGUGGGUGGGAGCGGGCGCUGGGCAGGGAGGGUCCAUCCGGCACCUGUCCCUCUCCUGGCGGGCAGGGGACCAUGACGCCGUGCCCACCGCCCGCGAGCCCGGGGAGAGCCGUGGGCGAGCCCGGCUGCUCCGGGGGAAGUUGAAGGCUGGGCCCCAGAGCCGGCUGCGAGGGGGCGAGCGACGCCGGGUGUCCAAGGAGGAGCCCGAGCAUCCCGCCUGGCGGGGAGGCGGGCGAGCGGCCGGCCGGGCUUCAUGGACAGCUCGCGCCAACAUGGUCCUCGCCCUCAACGGCAGUCACCUCUACGGUAACCUCCGGCCAUCGGUCCUGGAGGACCCGCGGGCGCUGAGCGGCGGCAGGAUGAUCGCCGGCUCCUGGCCGCCGCGCAGCCUGGCGAAGCUCGGCCCGUCGCCGCCCGCGUCGGCUCUGCCCACGGCGAGCCCCCUUCCAGCCAACGACUCCCAGUGCGGGGAGCAGAUCUUUAGCUAUGGAAACGUGGAGAAAGUUAUUAUCGGGGCCGUCCUCUCUCUCAUCACCCUGCUGACCAUCGCCGGCAAUUGCCUGGUAGUCAUCUCCGUUUGCUUCGUGAAGAAGCUCCGGCAGCCCUCUAACUAUCUCAUAGUCUCGCUGGCCCUGGCCGACCUUUCGGUGGCCCUGGCCGUCAUGCCCUUCGUCAGCGUGACCGACCUCAUCGGUGGCGAGUGGAUCUUCGGGCGCCUCUUUUGCAACGUCUUCAUUGCCAUGGAUGUCAUGUGCUGUACUGCCUCUAUCAUGACCCUCUGCGUGAUCAGUAUCGACAGGUACCUGGGAAUAACGAGACCUCUCACCUACCCUGUAAGGCAGAAUGGGAAGUGUAUGGCCAAAAUGAUCCUGUGUGUAUGGCUCUUGUCUGCCUCUAUCACUAUACCCCCACUCUUUGGCUGGGCCCAAAAUGUAAAUGAUGAAAAGGUUUGUUUGAUUAGUCAAGACUUUGGCUACACCAUUUACUCCACAGCAGUUGCAUUUUAUAUUCCGAUGUCAGUGAUGCUUUUCAUGUACUAUCAGAUUUACAAAGCUGCCAAGAGGAGUGCUGCUAAACACAAGUUUGCUGGUUUUCCCCGGCCAGAAGAGAUGGAAGGGGUUUCUAUGAAUGGAGUUAUAAAACUGCACAAGGAAUCUGAAGAAUGUACUAACUUUUCACGACUCCUAAAGAACGACAAGAAAAACAUUUCGAUCUUUAAAAGAGAACAGAAAGCUGCCACCACACUUGGGAUUAUUGUUGGGGCUUUUACUAUCUGCUGGCUGCCCUUCUUCCUCCUCUCAACUGCCAGACCCUUCAUCUGUGGUACAGCAUGCAGCUGUAUCCCACUGUGGGUUGAGAGAACAUUUCUAUGGUUGGGUUAUGCAAACUCUCUCAUUAACCCUUUUAUAUAUGCCUUCUUCAAUCGGGACCUGAGGACAACUUAUCGCAACCUCCUGCAGUGCCGAUAUAGGAACAUCAACCGGAAACUAUCAGCUGCAGGGAUGCACGAGGCUCUGAAGCUUGCAGAAAAGCCAGAAUUUGUUCUGAGAAGUCCUGAUUUCUCCAGGGAAAAAGAAUCGUGACCAAAUGUGCAUCAAAGCAAAAGGAAGAAGUCAAGCCAAAACUGGAAGAAGAGAAAGGAAGAGUUGGCUUCUGAAGAACAGGAGAGAUACAUGAAAUGUACUUCAUCUUCUUUUGAUGGGAAUGUGCUAAAAAUACUCAAUGAGCUCAAUGCAUUCCAUUAACUGUAUCUUCUAUUGGAAGUAGUCACAUCUUGUUUGUUAUGGGGCAAAGUGCUGUUACAUACAAAUAAAAAUAGCUUUCUGCCUGAGAAAGCCAAAUCAUUUCAGCAAUAAGAACAGCUUGCAACACUGAUUGAAGAAAAAAAAAAAAGUGCAAACUAAAUCUUAAAGAUAAAGCAGCCUUCAGAUUUCCAACAUGUUAAAUAAUACAGAGAGCAUUCAUUUAAGUUUACCAUGUUUGUAGAUCACCACAUUGAUAAUAACAUUCAGGGAUCAUCGAUCAUACUGAAUGCAUUUUGUUAUGUUUUUCAAGAGGUAGAGAUCCCCGUAGGAGAUACUUUUCUAACCCUGUAACCAGACCCGAUUUGGGAUGUGCCAGUGGGCAGUCUGCAUUUUUACAAAGCUGCCUUAUCACUACAUUUGUCAAUUUCAAUAAAUAAAAUCGAUUUCCCCACAUUUUUGCAAAAACUUUGACCUUUCAUUACACACACUGGUCUGGUUUGUUCUCCAUGUGUAUUUUUGGGAUAAAAAAAUGAGAUAGCUGAUGGGGCAGCCUACUAUACCCUUUCCUCAUCAAUUGUCCUAUGUUCUUUACCAGUGUAAAGCCUUCUCAUAGCUUUCCCUUGAUUCUAGAAUAAAAUUCUUGUUAAAUUAGCUAAUUUUAUUCAUAUGACAAAGUGAUUAAUUUGCCUCAAACCUGAGGAAAACAGAAAAAUGAUGAUCAAAGAAAGUUUUUUCUUAUCACAAGGUGCACCAAUGUAAAGGUAAUGUGAAAGUAUGAAAAAACACAUCUCCAUAUAAUAUGAAAAGACAAAUGUUCUGGAUAAUUUUAAUAGAUAAAAGUGAAUUUUAUAUAUACACAUAUGUGUGUAUAUAUAUAUAGAUAUAUGUAUCAUUUCAGUCAGGUGAGGCUUUUAAUAUGCUAAAGUCACUAGAGAAUUGGGCUGAAACUCUAUGUUUUAAGUCAUAUCUUUUUCCUUGAUGAGAUCCAGUACAAGUUGAAGAUGGUUAACAUAAGAGACUAUUUCCCAUGAACAGUUUAACAAGAAAUAUAAACACAGGGAAAUGAAGCUCUUUAAGUUGUAAGUGGUCUGCACUGGAAAUGUUGAGUAUCUUUAGUUCCAAUAUGAGUCUUACUUGCAAAAUAAAGAGUUGCUGCCAUUUACAUUGCAAAUUACUGAAAUUUAUACAGUAGACUAAUUUAGUAGAAAAUAGGCUUCUUCUGUAUUAGUUACUGAGCUAUAUUAUUCUUUUAAAAUUUGUAAGCCCCCAGACAUAUUAAAAUGUUCAUUUGAAUAGUAGGUAAUUUCUUUUAUAAAAUAA